CGUCGACCGGUGACAUGGAGCACGGGCAGCGGGCUGCAGUGUGGAGGAAGGUCCGACUGACUGUGUGAGUUCUCAUCACUCCAAAUGUGCUGCUGGUGGAGGAGGGAGUCUUCUUCGCCGAACUACAACUCCAUCCAAGCAUGAAAUGCUGGUGCGGCGCCCUGGCGCUUCUCCCCUGGGUGCUGGUGGCCAUAGACGGCCAGCUCAUCUGCUGGCAGGCGCUCCUCCGGUGCCACGACGAGCCCGCGUGUGACCUCGCCUACGGCCAGUACUUGGCGGCCUGUGAGGGGAACCUGCGGGGGACCCGGAGGCAGUGUCCGAGCCACUGCAUCAACGCUCUCAUCAGGCUCAACCACACCCGCAACGGGCCAGACCUGGAGACCUGCGACUGCGCCAAAGACCGGGAGUGCGACGGCGCCAAGCGGGCCAUAGAGCCCUGUCUCCCACGGAGAUACCCGAGCGACGGCGGCGGCAUCGGCUGCAUGGAGGCCCGGCAGCGGUGCGAGGAGGACAGCGACUGCCACACCUCCCUCACGGCCUACUUGUCAUACUGUGGGCAGCUGUUCAACGGCCGGAAGUGCUCCCCCAAGUGUAAAGCCACCAUUCAGCAGAUGCUCUUCAUCCCGAACGGCAUGUUGCUCAACCGCUGCGUGUGUGACGGCGUGGAGCGGCCGUUCUGUGAAGUGGUCAAGGAGAACAUGAGGAAACUGUGCAACAUCGGGGACCACAGUGUCAUAGCGGACCAGCCCGACGCGGAGGACAUGUAUGAGGACGAGGACUACGACCCUAGAGGUGACAGGGAGGAGGUGCGGGCGGACUACUCCUCUGCCCAGAGGACUUCCAGCUGCGUGGCUCUCCUGAUUCCUCCUCUACUGAGGAUUAUUCACUGGUGAAGGCUGCUUCAAACACUUGUUGGAUGUCAUGAGGAUUAAUGACGGCGUGGAAAUUGACGCAACAACUUGACCUCUGAACCCCUCAGUCACGUCAUAUGAACCCGUUCUUUUCAAGUAACUGUUGGAGGAACAGGUUCUGGUGUGAAGUUUUGUUGUUUUUGUUUGUUUGUUUUUUUACUUGACGUUGGCCUUCAUGUUGCAUCUUCUAACAGCUCUGCUCUGUUUGGUUUGGCAUCAGUGCCUCUUGAAGUGUGGCCUUUUUAAGACCCUGGACAAACACUGGACCCUUACAGUCUGUUUGCUGUGCUCUCCAUUUCAGGGGCCACUUCAUUGUCGCAGCGAAGCAAACAUUUGUGCUCAGAGUCAAUAAACAGACCAGGGGUGAAGAAUCAGGUUCAAAAAUGAGCCGAACAGAAGGGCCGGUGUCUGCGCUGACUGUUUCAUUGGACUUUUCCUGUCUCUCUCUCUCUCACACACACACACACACACACACACACACACAAACACACACACACACACCUCCUUUCCUGUCUGCUCACUUUCACGCCUUUAAAAAAAACAACAAAAAAAAACUCCUGUUGUUUUUGCUCCUUUCUCACCGGUACAACAACAAACCAGAACCUGUUGUUGCGUCGCUGCCGUGAACGGACCGACCAAUCACAGCUGACGUUGGCUCUCACUACGACCAGGUCUGACGUGAGGGUCACUCUGAGCUCUUUAUGUGAACUGUUCAACUGUAGAUGCAGUUGGUGGAAUACGAUGUUUGGUGUCGAGUUUUGAACAGGGAUUUCUGGUGAUAAAUGAUGACGUUAUGAUGAUGAGGAAUGGGUUUUGUACAGUGAAACAAGUCGAUGUGUGUGUGAGUGUGUGUGUGUGGUCCUUAUGUGUGUCAGCAAAUGUGUGUAAUCCUCAGCGAACACACAGAUGUGACGUAGCUCCGAGUCCAUACACGUGAUUUUAAUUUCCACUUCUUCUUUUUCAGCUGCUCUUAGCAGCAACGUUCCACAGCAGUGUCUUUCUUGCGUGUGUGUGUAUGUGUGUGUGUGUGAGGGGGGGGGGAGAAC